AUGGCCAACAAGCGAGCGGAAGCCUUAAGACACUCUCCCGCCCAAACUGCGGCGCCUUCGACGCCCGCGCUUCCGAGGACACAUCCUCGUCGUCGCCGGCGGCCACCAGGUGGGUGGCGGUCGACACCCCGCCCUGCCCUGCCCCGCCCCGCCCUGCCCCGCCAGGGAAAGCCGCUGCUACGCGCACAGCCCGGGUCAGGCCUGGGCCCGGCCUGGGGCCUACGGGCCCCAGCGCUGCCCGGUAACCUGGUAACGUGCCGCCGCGCCCCGCCCCGUGCCGGCCGGCAGCCAAUCAGCGGGCGCCAGCGCAGGGCCCCGGCCAGCUGCGCACGAGGCGGCCUGCGCGUGGUCGGUGCCGUUGAGGGUUCCCGCCACCGCUGCUGGCGGGUUUGCCUGGCAAAAUUUCUCGCUGGCUCGCCUUCUUUUCCCUCCCGCACUUUGGUGGGGGAGGGGGGAGACCCUCGCGUCGGUGCCCCAGUUCACGAUGACCCGAGAGAACCCGACGAAGUUGUCAGUUCGGCCAUUUCCCCCAUCGCCUCCACCUGCUGGCCCCAGAGGGGAAGGAGCACCGAGGCGGUGACGGCGACGCAAACAACAAAUCAGACACAAACAGAUUCAUUAUCUCCAUCCCCUAAUCCUGUGUCACCUGUGCCUUUGAAUAACCCAACAAGUGCCCCAAGAUAUGGAACCGUGAUCCCUAACCGCAUCUUCGUAGGAGGAAUUGACUUUAAGACAAAUGAAAAUGAUUUAAGAAAAUUUUUUUCCCAGUAUGGGUCUGUAAAAGAAGUGAAGAUUGUUAAUGACAGAGCUGGAGUAUCCAAAGGGUAUGGUUUCAUCACUUUUGAAACUCAAGAAGAUGCACAAAAAAUCUUACAAGAGGCUGAAAAACUUAAUUAUAAGGAUAAGAAACUGAACAUUGGUCCAGCAAUAAGAAAACAACAAGUAGGGAUUCCUCGUAUGUAUUAAGAACUAAUGUAUUUUUAA